AUGGCUUCAAAAAAUUAUUUUGAUAGACCAUGUAAAGAUAUUUAUUCCCAAUGUUCUUUGAAGAAAAAUGAAUGUGAAAUUAAUGUUUGUGGAUGUUUCAAAACAAUGGUUGAUUGUAUAUCACAAAAUAAAUGUAAACCAGUUACUAAUAGUGCAAAAUUGAGUGAUUCACCUACAACUAAUAAACAUAUUCGAGCAUCCAAUAAUGCUGUAGGCUUCAACGAAUUUUUUGGAAAAUUUCUUGCAGAUGAAAGUGCAACUAACUUAAGAAAUGAAUAA